AUGGAAGUAGACCCAACUGCAGCCAUUCAGCGAGUUCUGGACAAUCCACGCUCAACAGUAGAAAAUGUUGUUGGUAAUGAUUAUUUUUUGCAAGCUUUAAAAGUGGAAUAUAAACCAUUAUUAAAUUACGUCUCACGUGAUCAAACAAUCAUCGAAAUGUGCAAGUGGAUAUUCUCAGAAGAUAAAAUGAGUGAUCCUAACUAUAAUAAAAUGUCAAGUUCAGUCAUACGAGUGUUUACGUCAUCAAUUCCACAAGUUUUUAUGGUUUUCAUUGAAAGUAAAACGUUCGCAGAUCAAUGCUACUCAUUUUUAGGCUCAAAUGAUUCAGCAAAUCCGCAACUAUGCGGGUUUUUAUAUACAAUUUUGAGUCAACAAAUCAGAUGGGGAAGGCCAAAGUUUUUCAAGCUUUAUCAAGAUGUCGGCAACUUACUCUUUGCGCGUAUGAGGAACCUAGCUAUACAAGAAUUAAUAGUUUUAGUUGCCACGCGUCAAUCUUUAAAUUUAUUCAAUGAUUCUCGGUUUAUUUUGUAUUUAUCUACGGUUGCCACUGCUCAAGAUGCAGAUGUAAGUCGGCCCGCAAUUACUAUUCUUCUCCAAUUGUAUGAUUCUUUGAGCGAUGAAUCGCCAUUGCUUGAGGAGUUCUUUAAGCCGGAAAUAGUAGCGAACCUAUUCAAAGUAUGCUGCGAAACUACAUCUCCUUUAGUUGCAAAUGAUAUUGCAGCUGUUUUAACGAGUUUAUACGCAUUGAGUUGCGAUUUAGAGCCAAAUCUUACAAAAUAUGAAAAAUAUCUUCGACUUACAAAAGACAAUAUCACUCCUCUCAGCGUUGCCUUCAUUUCUGUUUACAAUCCAUCAUAUUUAGAUAUAUUCCAACUUUACUUCUUACCUAACGCCCAUUUGAACCUCCACAGUUACUGUUCCCAGCUAAUAAUGCGAUUGUCGUUCCAAGAAAUCAAUUCCCUUGUUGAAGAAACUGAUUUUUUGGAACAAUUAAUGUCUACUUACGGAACUCCUCAAUGGUGUUCACAUAUGGUUCAAAUAUCCCUUGUUUUAGCCAGAUUAACCACGGAAUGCUCAGCUUUGCAGUUCGAAAAAUGGGAAAAUUUCGUCGGAGCGAAUAUUGUUCCUCUUCUUAGGAUUAUAGAGAGCGAAUACGGUGGUUCACUCAUCAGCCCAGGUUCUGAGAACUUUGAAGAGGAAGAAUCCACUGAUUCUUACGAUUACGAUUAUUACUCAUCGGAUGACUACGAAGAGGACAAAUCUGAUGAUGCCGAGCAGGAGAUAGGUCAGGAUGGCGAAAUGGAUACAAGCGAUUCUGGUUCAGAACCUGAAAAUGCGAAUGAUCAAAAAGAAUGA